CUAUUUUAUAGGUGUGGCUGGAGUUUGCAAACAUGGUGGAGAUCUCCUCAGAAUUUCCACAAUUAAAUGGUUCAAUAUAUUUGGAUCACGCUGGAGCCACUUUAUACGCCAAGAGUCAACUAGAGGAGAUAUUUAAGGAUCUCUCAACUCAUCUCUAUGGCAACCCACACAGCUCCAAUCCUAGCAGCAAACUAAGCAGCGAGGUGGUAGAGAGAUCACGUGACUUGAUUCUAAAUCAUUUCAAUACUGAUUCUGAUUCGUAUCAUGUUGUGUUCACUUCAAAUUGCACGUCAGCACUCUCUCUUUUGAGUGAGAUAUUUCCUUGGAAUCAGUCAGAAUCAAACUUGGAAUCAAAUCAUGUCACAUAUUUAGCACCACCCGAGCAUGGAUCAACUAACACUGAUUCUGUUGUUACACAAGUUGACACUGAUACCCAUUUAAAACAAGAGUUUUCUACAGCUAAUUCUGAUUUAAAACAGGAGAUUUCUACAACUGAUACUGGUUCAACUCAGAUUCUUGAAACUAAUCCACCAGUGACUGAUAAAUCAUCAUUAGUCCCUAAAUCUCAGAGCAUAUUCUGUUAUCUCGAAGAUAAUCACACGUCAGUUUUGGGUAUGAGAGAGACAGCUUCAAUCAAUAAUGCUCAAUUAGUAUGUGUAACUGAAGACUCAAUCACACCCACCACAAAAAGUCAUAGCCCCUCCCAACCUCUUAAUCCACCAUAUCACUUAUUUGCAUAUCCAGCUCAAAGCAAUUUCUCCGGCAUAAAGUACCCACUUGAAUGGACUAGGGGAAUAGAAAAUGGUAGCAUGUCUAUAAAUGGUUUAGCAAGCCCUGGAGAGCUCAGUGGCUCUUGGCUGGUUCUGUUAGAUGCUGCAAGUUAUGCGUCUACAAAUCAUCUUGAUCUGUCACUGUAUCCUGCUCACUUUGUCUCGCUAUCAUUUUACAAGUUAUUUGGGUAUCCAACAGGUCUCGGGGCUUUAUUAAUACGCUCUGACGUCUCUCAUAUGUUAAGAGGAGGAGGAGGAGGGGAAAGAGAGAGAAGUUUUUUUGGAGGUGGCACUGUCCUUGUCUCAAUUGCAAGGGAGAGGUAUCAUGUUUCACGGCCACUACCACAUGAAAGGUAUGAAGAUGGGACGGUCUCAUUCCUGAGUAUAGGAGCACUAAGGUAUGGGUUUGAGACUUUGAAGAGAUUCAGUCUUAACAUGGAGAGCAUUAGUGAACAUACUUUCCACUUAGCACAACUCACUUAUCAAAGAUUGACUAGUUUGAGGCAUGCUAAUGGUCAGCCAUUGGCAGUACUAUAUGCCAAGACAGAUUACACUGAUAGAAUGAAGCAAGGGGGCAUAGUAACUUUUAAUUUAUUGAGAGCUGAUGGAAGCUAUAUUGGUUACAGUGAAGUUGAUAAAAUGGCUUGUGUGUAUAACAUUCACAUUAGAACUGGUUGUUUCUGUAAUCCAGGAGCAUGUCAAGCAGCUCUGGGCCUCUCUUCCCUUCAAAUUAAAGAAAACAUGAAGGCAGGUCAUAAGUGUGGUGAUGAUGUUGAUAUCAUAAAUGGUAGACCCACUGGUUGUGUACGUGUCUCUUUUGGAUACAUGAGUUCUAUCAGUGAUGUUAAUGGAUUUAUUGAUUUCAUUAAAGAGUCAUUUAUCGAAUCAAGAUCUGAUAAGAAUGGUCAUGAUGAAUACACUACAGAGGAUAACAAAUCAUUUUUAAAGUUGGAUAGUCCCUCAUCUGCUCUCCCUCUCUCUCCUUCUCUCCCUCUCUCUCCCUCCCUUUCUCCUUCUACUCAACUCUUAAAAGUUGGUAGUGACAUUAAGAUAACAUCUCCUACAAGCAAAAUUGACUACUCACUAGAAAGAAUACUGCUAUAUCCAGUGAAGAGUUGUGCUGGAUUUGAGGUGGACGAAUGGUGUGUUGGUGAUAAAGGUUUGCUGUGGGACAGAGAGUGGAUGAUUCUUAAUGAGAGGAGAGCUUGUCUGAGUCAGAAACAAGAGCCAAGGCUUGCUCUCAUUCUACCUUCCAUUGAUAUUGAGACUGGAGCCCUCACACUAAAAUCCAGUCUUGUCUCAUUGCCUCCAUUGCAAGUUCUUCCUGUUUCAUCAAUUGAGGCUUUCAGUCCUGAUGUGGAAUGCAAAGCAAAUGUGUGUGGAGACAAAGUCCAAGGGGUAGAUGCAGGGGAUGAAGCUGCUGCGUGGAUCAAUAAAGCAUUGGAGAGAGACUGUAGACUAGUGCAAAUGAAUCCUAACCAUCACAGAGAGGCCAAGAGAAACAAAGGAGAUAGUGGAAGUGGUCAGUUGUCCCUUUCCAAUGAAGGACAGUUUUUAUUACUAUCUCAAUCAAGUCUAAGUCAUCUUUAUGCUCAAUUAAACUGUAAAGAGCUCUCAUUAGAGUCACUAAUGUUAAGAUUCAGACCCAAUCUAGUGGUAAAGAGCAAUGGUGAUCCUAGUCCAUUUCAUGAAGACGAUUGGGAAUUGUUAUCAAUUGGGAAUACAACAUUUAAAGUGGUUGGUGGGUGCAGUAGAUGUCAGAUGAUCUGUGUUGACCAAGAGACAGGCCGCAGAAGUAAAGAGCCUCUACAAACAUUACUUAGAACAAGAGGGAGCAAAGCUCAUUUUGGGAUUUACCUUCAGCUUCAAUAGUCUCUUAGCUGCAUAAUAGAAAUGAAUUUAAUAGCUACACUAUUUAUUUAUUAUUAUAUUAAAUUUAUUUUUUACAUCAUUGUAAAAUAGCUACCACAAAAAUACAAACUGAGAAACAAAGAGAGAAAAAACAAGAGAGAGAAAGAAAGAAAUAAAAAAAAAGAUUUAAAAUCAAUAACAUUCAGGUU